AUGUACAUCACACCUCCUACGGUGGUUGCAAAAGCUCCGAGUGAACCCGAAAUAGGCCAUGGACGUGGAUCUACCAAAUGAUAAGAAUGCCUCUGAGAUUCAAUCAUAAACCAUUUAGCCCCGGUUGUUUGUAAACCUCCCCUUCACCCCACCCCCUCAAGUGGUCAAGAAGGGGGUUGGUCUCAUUUUAUUUCUGUCUGACAGGACAAACAAAUAGGAAGGGAUGGUUCUUUCAUUGCAUUGAUAUAAGUGAUACUAAAAAAAUGAACUCUCCCUAUGACUUCGAGAAGAGAAUCGUAGGUUUGACCGACGAACUACGUGGGAAAAUAAAAAGACCUUAAUUAAUCAUUGGUUUGCAUUUCCUCACAGACGCAUUUGUUGUUUCCAAUGCCCUCUUCAAUUCAAAGGCACGGAAGAGCAGUGCACGUUCUAUUCAAAGAUAGAUCCUCGAGGAUACGCCGGAGCUUUUGGAUGUCCCAUUGUAUCCUCGCACGUGCCUUCAACUAUGUCACAGAUGAGAGAGUCUUCGUUAAGGUUUAGGAAAGAACCAUUUUCCUCAGGUUAGAAGGUCAGAACAUUGGCUUUGAAUAGACCAUUAUGCUAAUUCUGUCAUCUGUUCGUCAGAAAAAGAUGACGGUUAGAGCGUUAAGCGCAGUCUCCUCGAUAAGGGGAGUUGUGUCUACGCCAAUUCCGGAAUUGACGACCUCCUCGCCGCCGACAGACAGACCCAUUGCUGGCAACAAUACUAACACUAAGACUACCCACACCAGCUUCUUUUUUAUCGAAGAAGUGAUAUGAUAGAGGGGAAUCAAAAAAAGUAUUAAUAAUAAUAAGAAUAAAAAGACUCUUAAUGAAAACAACAUCCAAUUAUAUUAUGAAGAAUAAAUAUCUUGACCUUCCCUGGCCUUUCCAACUGAAAGACUCAACGUAACGAGGAUAUAUAGAGGAUUGUUGACCAACAAAAGUCAGGGUUAUCUUCCUCGCUCGCCUACGGCUCGCCCUUCGGCCUUCCUUAUUCCUUUCUUCUCAACUUCCGGUUUCGAAACCUCCAGAACGAAAGAAAGACAAAUAUCCUAUGAUAGGAUAGGUAUCGAUUUAGGACUAAAAGAAGGGAUUUUUUUGAAUUCCCGGUUGCAAUGCAAAGCCUGUUAAUAGAUCAAUUCCUUUCCGUAAGAGGUACAACAUCCUCUUCUACGUCGACUCCUGAGGUAAGACAGCCGGUUGAUCGACAACUAGUACUCUACCACUUCCCGAACCGAUUGACUUCUCUUUACGGUCAGGUCGAGACACUGCUUCCGAAUCCAUGGAUUCCCAAUCCGUAGCUGCUGCGCUAUAGUUGAUCUCAGUCGCCUUGUCCUUGGCCCCCUCGUCCUGACUGACCAGCUGCAUUUCCGACCAUUCCUCCAACCAUCUCGAGUUGGAGGGUUUGACGACAGCCGGAGGGAUGCAUGAAAUACGAUUCUUUCUUCUCCUUUCCGUGUUCGGAAGCAUUAACUGCUAGGCCCUGGAAGGCUUCUUCAGUCAGGCGGGGCAGAUCGAGUCAUCCCUAAAUUGUGAAAGUAUUCGAAAGGCUGUAUGGCUUGAGUCAACUACGAAAUUUCGUGCCAAUUUUCCCAGCUGCAUGCAACCCUAGAUAGACAAAGAGACCAUUCGAGGGGACUUCCUCGAGAGUCGAUAUUCCGUGUUGGGUCAAUUGAUAGAUGCUUAACGAAAAUUAUAUGGUAGACUGUGCCAUUGCUUCAAAGAAAGAGUUCUCCUUCUCCCAAGCUGUUCCGUUCUUUCGAGGGUUUCCCUAGCUGGCAUUAUUGAAGUCUUAGAUCUCGGAAGUUGAUCUUUAACCAGCGAUUUGCACGUCAACGGAUCAAAGAAGGGCAGUAUUAAAUGCUCAUUAUCAACUGACUCCCGAUUUCUAUCUCUAGAAAAGAGAAACCACGUGAUAUGGAUGCCCGGGCGUUUACAUUCAAUGUGUAAAAGAUGUAGUCGAUUGAAAGCUUUCCUUGUUGCCCAUCAGCAGAUCGAGGAAAUGCUUAUUAUUUUAUAGCAAACCCGCGAGAGAACGAAGGAACUCUACCAACUAGUAUUUCGAAAGAAGAAAUCCAAAAAAUGUCUGAAAGAAGGAAAGCGAGGUCAACGAACAUCCCGAAAGAGGAAGGAGGAAUGGAAGCAAAAGCAUUGGAGAUAGCGUGUCAAACCAACUACUUCCUUCUAGUCUCACGGGAAGCUCCUGUACGGGAAAGCAGCUUUCUAGUGCGCAUUAAUGUAGCAAGGUAUUGUAAAUAAUGUUCCAGUUUGAACUAUAAGAAAUAGGCUUGCCAACUGAGCGGAUAAAGUUCAGGAAUAAUGAUUUGUUUUUUCUAUUAGCCAAAGGUGUAGAUAAGCUAACCAAGAUUGGUAAGUCUAGAACAGAAUCCAUAGGGCCGGUGGACAAGUAUAGGACUCUCGGUUUGGCUCGUUCGGUAGGGUCGUUUGACACUUUCCCGAAGGGUAUCUCGAAGCGUAAGCAAGGGAGUGCCUUAUUGUAUCGUAUUGUUGGUUUGUGAUAGUUAUUCUCUCGUGUACUUAUAUCUGGUCAAUGCCAUUCUGUCUAGUAAUUAUUUCUCGACUACUUGUUUUAGUCACUCUUCUCCUCCCUCUAAUCUAACCCUACCUCGCUCUCCAGGCCUUCCAUCCAGUUUGCCUCCUUUCUCUUGUUUGAUGGAAUAGUUCAAUGCCCGAGCUCUAGUUUUGCUUGCGUUCUUCACCGGCGCUCGCCGGAUGUAUCACUCAUCCCGCUCCUAAGGUUAGGAGUCUUCUGUGUGUUAUAAUCAUUACGGGAAUGAAUCGCAUAUCUUGGUUGAGAAUGGCUCGGGAAUUCAUUGAUAGUGACUUUGCCAGGUUCUAGAGGGGCGCUACUCCUAUUUUUUGUCGAUCGAGUCGCUCUCCCUCAUUCUACUCGUCCAGCCUUCUUCACGAACUUGUACAAUCGAUGCCACAGAGAUAGCCAACUCUAUUAUCGAAGAAAUAAGGAAACGGGCGACGAUUUGGCACCAGAUAUCCGGAGGUGUGGAAAGAGCAGCUGUGAGAAGCGGAAAAACCAUCAAAAAACGACGAUUGUUCGUGAAGGUUUCCACAGAAAGAUCCCUUGGUUCUGGCAAACGGAUCACAAUUACAGGUACCUGGGAGCAUACCGAUGGAAUGAACGAAAUACGAACAGUUAA